AUGGCAGCAGCAGCACGAUCGAGCUGCGUCAGUCACUACACGUCUCGGCUGCGAGAAUGCUCGGACCGCAGGGCGCUGGCGGAGGGCAGGAUGGUUCAUGCGCAAAUCCUGCAAGAGCUUGGCGGGGCCGAUGUCGAUGCCGGCGGCGUGAUACUGCUGGAGAAUUUGGUGGUGGAGAUGUAUGGGAAAUGCCGGAGCGUGGUGGAAGCGCGGCAGGUUUUUGAUGCUUUGGGAUGGCGCAAGAAUGUUUUCAGCUGGAGCAUCAUCAUCUCGGCAUAUGCCCAGAACGGGCAUUUUCGAGAGGCAUUGCAACUCUUCCAGGCCAUGGAUUUGGAAGGCAUGCAGCCCAAUUCCUUCACUCUCAGCAGCGUUGUCGCGGCCUGCUCCGGCCUCGAGGAUCCGUUGCAGGCGCGCGCCAUUCAUUCCCGGAUCGUUGGCGCUGGAUUUGGGAGCGAUGAGUUUGUAGCGACUGCCAUGGUCGCAAUGUUCUCUCGCUGCGACGGCUGCUGGAUUGAUGCCAAGGCGGUCUUUGAUGGUAUGGCUUCCAGGAGCAUCGUUUCGUGGAAUGCUGUCAUCUCAGGAGCGAUUCGGGGUGGAGAGAAAGAUCAAGCUCUGCAGCUCUUGUGGAGAAUGGACAACGAAGGCACCAAACCCGACCAAUUCACCCUCACCACCAUUCUCUCGGCCUGCUCUAGUGUCCGCGAGUGUAGAGAGUUCCACGCAAGGAUCCAGGCGAGUGGCUUCCAGGCAAUGCUCGCCGUGCAAAACGCUCUCAUGGAUUGCUAUGGGAAAUGCGGGAGCUUGCGAGAUGCAAAGAUGGUUUUUGACGAGAUGGUCGAGAGGGACGUGAUCAGCUGGACAUGCUUGAUCGCAUCUUACGUCCACAACGACGAAAGCAGGGAGGCCAUCGCCAUCUACGAGCUCAUGGAGGAGUCCGCGAGGAGAUCAUUGUCGUCAUUGCAACCAAACGUAUGCACCUUCACGGCCGUGGCGGAGGCUUGCUCGAUAGUUGGUGCGCUAGAGCAGGGGAGAGCUCUCUACUCGCGGAUCAAGUCGAGAAAGCUGGCAGCAAACUCGGCGGAGCUUGGACGCGGGAUCGUCAACAUGUUUAUCCGGUGUGGGAGCCCCGAGGAGGCAAAGGUGGCGCUCAAGGAGACCUGUGUGGCGAGCGGAGCGGCUUGGAACUUUGUCAUCGCCUCGAUUGCGCAGGCUGAUUCAAGUGCUGCUGCCGACGUGCUCGAGCUUUUUGGAGAGAUGGCGCUCGAAGGCACCAAGGCGGAUGGCGUGACUUUUGCUGCCGCGCUUGGAGUGUGCACAAACCACGUCGAUCGAGGCAAGUCACUCCAUUCUUUCGCUCGCGACGCCGGGCUGGAUCGGGAGAACGCUGUGGGUGCAGCAUUGAUCGCCAUGUACUCGAGGUCCGGGAGACUGGACGAGGCGUGGACAGCUUUCGAGAAGAUCCGUGAGAAAAGCGUGGUGGCGUGGAGCUCGCUCAUGACCGGCUACGCGCAACAGGGAAAGAACUGGCGAGCUUUGCAGCUCUACGAGGAGAUGAUCUUGGAGAGUGAGGUGUUGCCGGACAAGUUUACGUUUUCCACGAUUCUUGGAGUGUGCGCGGAGCUGGGAGCUGCCGAGGAGGGCCGGCGAGUCCACUCGCAAAUGCUGGCGUGCCUGGGAUUCGAGCGAGAUGCUGUCCUUGGCACGUCCCUGAUUGAUAUGUUUGCCAAGUGUGGAAACAUCGACGCUGCCAAGCUCGUCUUCGAUGGAAUGCUGGAGCGGAACGUCCAGACGUGGACGACGCUCGUCGCGGGGCUUGCUCGCCACGGACGAGGCGAGCAAGCGGUGUGGUGGCUCCGCCGGAUGAGCAUGGAAGGCUUUUGCGCGGACCAGGCAACCGUGACAACGAUCCUCCAUGGAUGCAACCACGGCGGCUUGAUCGACGCUGGGCGCUGCUGCUUUCGCCUGGCGGGUGGCGAGUAUGGGAUCCAGGCGAGCUGCGAGCACUACGAUUGCGUGGUCGAUCUGCUGGGACGAGCUGGGCGAUUGAAAGACGCGGAGAGCUUGGCCGCUGCGAUGGAUGAUCAAGCGCCUUGGCGGAUUUUGUUGGGCGCUUGCCGAAUUCAUGCCGAUUUGGCUGUGGCCAAGCGCGCAGCUCCGAGAGUGGUGGAGGAAUCACACUCGCACGCCAUGCUCCUCUCCAACAUUUACUCGGACGGUGGCGCCAAGUAA